AUGGCAUCUCCAUCAGCUCUUAUGAGACCAGGCACAGAGAUUUGCCUACGUACAAACCAUUUUAAAGUAGUAACCACCAACUCUGAUGGGUACUUCUUCCAUUAUAAUGUUGCUAUGAAUUCUGAAGAUGGAAGUCCCGUAGAGUCAAUAGUCAUAAAACGAAAAAUCAUAAACAAAGUGCAACAAAAUGCUUUCCGUCUAGGUGGCAAACAUUUUGCCUAUGAUAGUGAGAGGAGUGCUAUGUUUACCACAGUUGUACUAGCUGAUGAAAAAGUUGAGUUUCCGGUUGACUUGGAGUAUGCCCUUGCGUCUAGGUAUGGUACUUACGUUUAA